AAUUCAACAUGCGAAAUAAAAAAUAAAAUGUUUAAUAAAAACUUUGAUUGAUAAGGCUCAAAACCGGAAAAAUAGACUUUCCAAACGGGAUGUAAGAGUAAACAAAAUGCGGCACAUACAAGUGUAUACAAGUGUACACAGUACACCUAACAAAACAUACGAGUGUACACCUAGUAGAGGUUUUGGGUACACGUAACGAAAGUGGGACUAUAAAUGAAGGAACAAACAACAUUUCUGACAACAUCAAAACACAGAUUAUUAAAAAUGGCGGAUGUCGAAAUCGUAUCAACGUGCUUAGUUGGAGCUGCCGGUGCACCAACGCCAGAAAGAUCAAAAAUUGAAUUGACGCCAUGGGAUCUGCAACUCCUCCUAGUUGGCUCCAUCCAGAAAGGGCUCCUCUUCCCAAAACCCACCCCUCAACAACAACAGCACCACGUCAUCCACUCCACAUUAAUUGAUCGCCUGAAAAUCUCACUUUCCGCCACCCUCGAUUUCUUCCCCCCUCUUGCUGGCCGUUUUGCCACGGACGAGGAGGAUGAGAAGAAUAACACCUCUACCGUUUUUGUCGACUGCAAUAAUGCAGGUGUCGAGUUCGUAGAAGCUAAGGCCGCCGGCGUGACCGUCGCUGCCAUUCUUGAUCCGUCCAACGACGGCGCUGCACAAACAAUCCGAUCUUUCUUUCCCCUUAACGGAAUCCGCAACUGCGACGGUAUCUGCAAGCCGCUGCUGGGAGUGCAAGUAACGGAGCUUCUUGACGGCUACUUCAUCGGCUGCACAUUGAACCACGCCCUCGGCGACGGCGCUUCCUUCUGGAACUUCUUCCGUUCUUGGUCGGAGCUAUCACGCGGUUGCCCUCAAAUCUCUGAACCUCCCAUCCUUGACCGCUGGUUCCCGGAAAACAUAACUCGCCCGGUUCGUCUCCCUAUGGCUCUCAACAAAGAAAGACGAUCUCUCGGCUGUAUGAAAACUCCGCCGGAAAAUGCAGAGCGGGUAUUCCGGCUGAGCAGAGAAGCCAUAGCCAAGCUCAAAGAAAACGUGAACUCUGAAUUGGGAAUGCCAAACAGCAACCCCAUCAUCUCCUCGCUGCAGGCAUACAUGGCCCACAUAUGGGUAUCGGUCAAUCGCGCACGGGAACUCGACGGGGACGAAGACGUUCAGCUCUCCAUUCCUAUCGGAACCCGAUCGAGGGUCCCACUGCCGGAAGGGUACUGGGGAAACGCGCUUUACGUAAAGAUGGUGUCGGCUAAAGCAGGGGAGCUCUUAGAGAAAGGAGUGGGUUGGGCAGCUUUGAAGCUGAAGGAAACUGUGGAGAAGCAGAGGCGUGAAGAAGUGAUGAAUGAGUAUGUGAGGUGGGUGAGAUCGCCGGCGUUUCUCAGCGAGAAGAAGAAUUACUUGGCUAGAAAUACGCUGGUCAUAAGCAGCUCUCCCCGGUUUGACAUGUACGGUGCGGAUUUCGGGUGGGGGAAACCGGUUGCGGUGAGGAGCGGAAUGGGGAAUAAGUCAGACGGGAAAGUGACGCUUUUGGCUGGACCGGAGGAAGGGAGUGUGGAUAUCGAGCUCUGCAUUCUUCCCCAGACUUUAAUGCGACUUUGUAACGACCCAGCGUUCAUGGAGUAUUUCACUAUUCCGGGAUGUUAAUUAAUGGAUCAAAUUGCUUGAAAUUAAAUAAUGUUUUCUCCUUGGGUUUUUAUUUGGUACAAAAAAUUUAUUGGGUUUUGAUACAAAUAUGUAGUGCACAACUACUCUUGUAUUUGGUACAAAUAAUUUAUUGGGUUUUGAUACCCGUAGCUGAACCGGUAGGAAGGGAGUGCCAUAAUGGUUAGGUCCUGUGUUCGAAUCUCAUCAACUGCGAUGAGAGGUGACUAUGCUAAAAAUACAUAGGGUCUUUGCAAGUAUCGGAGACAGAGCCUCACUCUCUAUCUAUCAGAUUGGGAUUAUAGUCCAAUUUACAUUUUCGCAACGUACCGUUCGGUCGGAGUUGGGGCCCGAUGGAGCGUCAUCCUUUUUUGUAGUGCACGACUACUCUUGUAAGUUGUAGUCCACAUAUAUCUCACACCCAACUUUGAGACAUCCACAUGUUCAUCUCAUCAGACCAACUGCCACCACCUAAUGACCUAAGCCUACUCGUGGUAAGAGCCUUGUUCAGUUGUCCAUUGUUGAAGAUGUAGCUAGUGGAGCUCUCAAUCUUUCAAAUGGGUGAGACAUCAGCCAAACUAAGUUCUACUUGAAGCAUAAUGUGAGAGUUGUGAGUAACAAUUUUAAUAUAAAAGAUACUUAAGGUGGUAGCAUAUACUCCCUUCGGUCCUUAAUUAACUUUACACUUUCCAUUUUGGGUCAUCCCAUAUUAAACUUUACACUUCCUUAUUUGCCUUAUUUGGCAAACAAAUCUAUACCAAACAGUACAAAACAGUGCGGAACAUUGUCAAACAGUGUCAAACAGUGUCAAACAGUGUACUCUACAGUAAAGUUAAAUUUAUUUUCUUAAUAUGUGUGAAGUCAAAGUGUAAACUUCAUUAAGGACCGGAGGGAGUAUUAUAUAUUUUGAUACGAUCACCCUAGAAUUCAACAUCUAUCAACUAUCUUCUAGCAAGUUGACGUGCACUUGUCGUGAGGUGCACUCAAAAUAAUUAAUCAAUACAACACUAAUACGUAGUAUAGUGAAGUAAAGUUCGUAUCCACAGGGAAAUGAAUACUUUUCUCUUAUAUCAAUAGUAACAAGGGGGGUUUUAAGUUUGAUUUGAUUGAAUUUAAUUAACACUAAGAUAAAAAACUUAUAUGAGUUUAAUUUAAUGAGAUGAGGACUUGGUUUUACUUUUAUCCACUUAAUGAAAU